GACUUCCUUUUUGUAUCGUGGGCUUUACGUAUGUGGGUAAUUCAUCAUGCCUCAAAAUGAAUAUAUGGAACGACACCUUAAACUUUAUGGUAGGCGAUUAGAUUAUGAAGAAAGGAAGAGAAAGAAAGAAGCUCGACUACCCAAGGAAAGGGCACGAAAGGCACAGAAGUUGCGUGGAAUUAAAGCGAAACUGUUCAAUAAAGAACGUCGACAUGAGAAAAUACAAGUUUCUAAGAAAAUAAAAACGCAUCAAGAAAAUAAGUGUAAAAAAGAGGCUGCAAAGAAUGAAGAAGGUGCCCUUCCACACUAUUUAUUGGACAGAGGCCAACGCGCUAAUGCCAAAGUACUGUCCAAUAUGAUCAAGCAAAAGAGAAAGGAAAAAGCUGGUAAAUGGGACGUACCGCUUCCAAAGGUACGGGCCCAAUCAGAUGCGGAAGUAUUCAAAGAGUUGAAAACUGGCAAAACGAAAAGAAAAUCAUGGAAACGUAUGGUAACAAAAGUAACAUUUGUUGGAGAAAAUUUUACAAGAAAACCUCCAAAAUUUGAAAGAUUUAUAAGGCCAAUGGGUUUAAGAAUGAAUAAGGCUCAUGUAACCCAUCCAGAACUCAAGACCACAUUUUAUCUUCCUGUUAUUGGCGUUAAGAAAAAUCCUAGCUCACCUAUGUUAACAUCGUUAGGAGUUAUUACAAAAGGAACCGUGAUCGAAAUAAAUAUUUCAGAUUUAGGACUUGUUACUCAAUCUGGGAAAGUUGUUUGGGGAAAAUAUGCACAAGUAACAAACAAUCCAGAAAACGAUGGUGUUAUCAAUGCCGUAUUACUCGUAUAAAUUUAUUUACCUAAAAUACCUAUAUUGUGUUAAUAAUUUAAUAAACAAGAUGAUAAAUUGACUUCAUUAAA